UCUCAGUCUCCCGAGAGCACUUCUAAUUGUGCUUUUACUGAGCACUUGGACUAUGGGACAGACCAAAAUGUGUGGAGAGAAGCAAUAUGUUCACGGUGACCUGUGCUGCAACUACUGUAAACCAGGAACUUAUUUGAAGGGAUUUUGCUCUGAAACUGAUCUAUCAUCUGACUGCCAUCCCUGUGAUGAGGGUACUUAUAGAGAUAAAUACCACAACAUUGACCGUUGUACGAAGUGUCCUGCGUGUCCCGAAGGAGCACUGAGAACUGAGAAUUGUACAAAAACCACAAAAGGAAAGUGUACAUGCCGACCUGGCUUCCUGUGCUCUGACCACAGCUGCUCAAGUUGUAAGAAAAGCAACAUCAGUGAAGUGAAUAAUGCACAGAAUGAAGAACUGAAAAAAUGCCCUGGAAAUCAUCAUUUUGAUGAAAAGGAGGGCACCUGCAAGCCAUGGACAAAUUGCAGCGAGAAGGGACUUGUUGAGAUAAUUCAAGGAAACAAAACUCACGACUCUACUUGUGCUAAACCGGAGCCACAAGGAGAUAGCAGAGACUUUCUGUUCUGGUCCAUGGCUGUCAGCUUUGUUGUGCUGUCCCUCACCCUCUUUGUGUUCGUGUCUUACACCUGCUUGAAUAUCCUGUGGAAGAAAUCGAGGAACCGAGCUAAAAAUAAGAUUUCCAUCCAGGCAGUUUUCCCUAAAACUGGUGACCUCAACCUCUCAAAGGAGGAGAGCGGGCUCCAUCUCAUCAUCCAGGAAGAGUUCAAGGAUUCCCCCAAUGGAAGUCAGCUGGAUUUGGAAAAAACUUCCAGUCUUUCAUCAGUCUGAUAAGCCAUAACCAACACUGGGAUAUUUAUGUGUCAUUCUGCAAACCAAAAUGAAGAUUUUUGAUUUUGUCAGGUCCAAACCACAAACCAUCUGUUUUACUAGCAAUUUAUACAAGACAAACAUAAAAUGUCUCAUUUGGAACAAAAAGGAUGAGUUUAAGUUUAGAUAGUGGAUGAUGUCUUGCUAAGUUGGAAGUUUUCUGUCCAUCUAAGGAUGAUGGAUUAAAAAUCAAAUGUGCUUUAACAUCUAUCUUAGGCUCAAAAUGACCUAAUUGGAAGAGGCUUUAGCUAAUCGUUUAUUAGAAAUAAUUUAAACACGUUUUUACAAGACUUAGUCAGGCCAUUUGUGUGGCUUCUGAACCAGAUCAAUCUCUUGAUUAAUGUAUUAUAUGACAAAACCUGUUGCUCAAGAGAGGGAGUAUUUGUAUUUUAUAUGUAUUUAAAAGUCAAAUGCAUAUUUUCUGUUGAUCCAAGAAAGAUUUAGAUCAGGCCUACAAAAAAGAGGUCAGUUAAAGUGUAAAACUGAAAUUAGGAUAUACAGAACGUUUUAGUUACCUUUUCAGGUCAAGCUAUUUAUUGUAUAAAUUAAAAUAACUUAUUUAAAUAAUUACAUAUUAUACCAUUUUUGUUUACAAUGAUAUAGAAAAUGUGUUGCGUGAAAAGAGCCAUGGAAGAAAAACAGCAGUGGCUAUGCUCGUUAUAUCACAAGAGGUUGUAUACAAUGUAUAUUAUAAUGUAUAUUAUGCCAUUAUAUCGCCAUGUUGCCAAUCAGUAGGAUUAUCAGAUCUAUUAUUCUAAAUGGGGUAAAAUAAGACAAUAUCUUCAGUAAUUUUGUGUUUUGUUCAGAUUUUCUUAGUACUGUGAGUUUAAAAUAAAGGUUAAUUUAUCACUGUAAGAAUCAGCAUACUUUAAAAUGUAUAUAUUUAGUAUCAGAUCAGUUGGAAAAGGAUUAAAUUUUCUAUGUUGUUUUUUUUUUUUGGUACAAAAAAACGUUGGUGUUUUUAAAAGAAAAUGAUUAUUUCAUU